GAGAUCUUUGGUUGUAGAAGCAUUCUGAGCAGUAGUCUGCUUGAGGCGGUGAGAAUGGGCGAUUGAGUUUGUUUGCUGUAGGUUAACGUGAUGUACGUAGAUUUUAUGAGUGUGACUGUUCUUCGUAAAGAGCCCUUGUUAUAGGGUAUGCAAUAACAAUGUCGCAGAAGCAAAUCACUUCUGCGGCAUUUGCGAAAAGGCUAAUGACGCUCUUGUCGGGAUCACGAUUUGGAGAGGUGAUGUGGACCCGGUGCAGUACAAGCGCUCUUGCUAGUGGUCAAGUAGUCGUGUAUGAGCCCGUCUCUGAUUUUGUUAGACAUGUUAAGAGAGCGUUGCAGUUAAAGGAACGUGUUGUUCCACAAUUUGAGAAAAAUUACUGCUUGCUUUGCGAGACUAGUAUUACCCACAGAUCUCCAUGGGUCAGAUCGCAUUUAGAAGAAAAUGACAAGAUGAGAAAUCGUAACGAUGUGCCAGGGUGUACUGCCAAUUAUGAAUUUAAAAUUGCGAGGAGUGUUCGAAAUUUUACGAAGAAACUUGAGUUAUUUUCCAGUGAUGGCCUAGGGAUUAUGAUUUUGAAACGCAGUAUGAGUAGUGCUGUGGCACGAGCGCCACUAGCAACAGAAGUUACUUGUUCAUCAGUAUUGAGUGUGGUUGAGCCACAAACACCUAAUGAAGAAAGUGGGAAUUUUUCAUACAAGAAUAAUGGUGAAAAACUUGAAAAUGAAUUAGUAAUGUUACAAAGUGAGAAUUGUGCUCAUGCUACCUUAAUUCCUGAAAGCAUUCUAAGAUCUGUUGACCAAUCUACCACAGACUCAGAAAAGCCAACAGAAGAGAAACCUACAAAAGAGCAGCAGCAGCAUGUUUAUGAGACACUGAAAAAUACACUCCCAAAACUGUUUGUUCAGCCAAUGGACUAUAGUAUUUACCAUCCAGAGAUAAUCUUCAUAAACAACAUAAGAGGAACAAUAACUCAAGGGAUUGUGCCAUAUGUUUGUCAGAUAGCUGCUGUAAGAGUAGUUGGGCACCUCAAAUUUGCAUUCGUUAAAAUGGAUGUGUUGAAGAUAACACUCCACGUUAAAGAAAAAACGGUAAAAGUUCGCUGGAGGAUUAGAGGAAUUUCAGGGUCGAAGGUGUUUUUGUAUUUUGGAAGUACAAAAUAUGGAAUAUGGAUGGUGUUAUGGAGGAGUUCCAAGAACGUAAGUGGCAACAAUAACUUUAUAUUUUGGGCAGUGUGCUUCAAUCUCCUGUGUUUAUCAAGCCCAAUAGUACAGGAGUGGUAUGAUGGGUUUUCCAUUUAUUGUAUUGGUGAGGAUGGAAGAGUAAUAAAACAUAUUGUUGAUAAGGUAAUGCCAGAUGACGACAUUUGUCCUGCUAAUAUUCAGAAUCCAUCACCCUUGACAGCAAACAGCUGAACGUAACUAGUUUCAUAUGAGUAAUCAGCUGCACGCAGUCUUCAAGACACCAGCAUUUUGUGCAUUUUGCGAUGAGUUGUUAGACAAAUGUGUACAUAUGAGCUAGCUGUGAUACAAAUUAUAAAUUGUCAGUUUCUACAUGCUCCAUUGUGUGUUGUUACAGAUUAUGGUUCUAUAAAUGUUUGCCACACUUUCAUGUCCUCCUCAAAUGGAAUGAAGUCCAAGCAUUUAUCGUUGUCAUAAUUUGAAUGCCUGUUGAACGAGGCAUGUGACACAACUUAUUUAUUAAACAAAAUAUAAAAGUUUUGUUUCAUUAUUAAUGGCACAGACAGAUGUCUUGUUCAAAAUUUGAUAUUAAGUUUGUGAAAAUAUAUGGCUCAUUUGCAA